GAAUGCAGAAAAGAAGAGGGACAGAAAAAGAAAAAACCACCGUGAUAAAGUUGCAGCAAUGCCAUCCCCAGCCUACCUAUCUCCUCCCUUCCUCCCCAUCCACCAGCAGGAGCACGAGCACGAGCCUUCACCCCAUCUCCGGCGGCCGCAACCGUCGCAGCCGCCCACGGCACAUGUCAGGUCUCGUGCUUCUUAAAGCCAAGGCCGGCGAUGGUGACGGAGGGGACGCCGACCUCCUUCUCCUGGCAUCGCGGCGACACGCGUAAGAGGCGGACCGCACGAUACUGUUCAUGUGCGCGGCAUUCCGCGUGGCCGCGUCGCUCAUCCGCGUUCUAUACCACGUCGCGGCCGGUAGCGUCCUCGGCGUGGCCAGGGUCCUCUUCGCGGCGGCCAACGAGCGGUGCCUGCGGUGCAUGAGCCAGGCGGCGCUCGGGCGCAGCGUCACCGGCACCUUCUGCGGGGACUUGUUGGUGGGAGCUAUGGCGCAAUCGUGGAGGGUGCUCAUGCAGGGGCUCACGUCGCUGGUGUUUCUCUGCGCGCGCGCCGACGAGUACGUCCGGCCGCCGCCCAGCCCGCUUGUGCUGACGGCGCACGACAAGCCGGCGGCUCAUCCUCAGCAGGUGCAUAUUUCAACAGUCGGAAGCGACAGAAUGAGGAUUUCAUGGGUCACUGACGACCGGAACGCGCCGUCGGUGGUGGAGUACGGCAAAUCUCGCGGCAACUACACGGUGUCGACGACGGGCGGUCACGCGACGUACCGAUACUUCUUCUACAAGUCCGGCGCGAUCCACCACGUCACGAUCGGCCCGCUGUCGCCCAGCACGACCUACCACUACCGGUGCGGCAAGGCCGGCGACGAGUUCACCCUCAGGACCCCUCCGGCGUCCCUCCCCAUCGAGCUCGUCGUCAUCGGCGACCUCGGCCAGACCGGCUGGACCGCGUCGACGCUGUCGCACAUCGGCGGUGCGGACUACGACAUGCUGCUGCUCCCGGGCGACCUGUCGUACGCCGACACGCAGCAGCCGUUGUGGGACUCGUUCGGGCGCCUGGUGCAGCCGCUGGCGAGCGCGCGGCCGUGGAUGGUGACGGAGGGCAACCACGAGGUGGAGGCGCUCCCCGUCGUGGGCUUCGCGCCCUUCGUCGCAUACAAUGCGCGGUGGCGCAUGCCGCACGACGAGAGCGGCUCCGCCUCCAACCUCUACUACUCCUUCGACAUGGCCGGCGGCGCGGCCCACGUCGUGAUGCUGGGAUCCUACGCGGAGUUCGAGAAAGGGUCGGAGCAGUACGCGUGGCUGGAGCGGGACCUCGCCGGCGUGGACCGGCGGAAGACGCCGUGGCUGCUGGUCCUGCUGCACGCGCCAUGGUACAACACCAAUCAGGCGCACCAGGGGGAGGGCGAGGCGAUGCGCGCCGCCAUGGAGACGCUCCUCUACGAGGCCCGCGUCGACGUCGUCUUCUCCGGGCACGUCCACGCCUACGAGCGAUUCACGAGGAUCUACGACAACGAGGCCGACAGCCGGGGCCCGAUGUUCAUCACCAUUGGCGACGGCGGCAACAGGGAAGGGCUUGCUCUCGAGUUCCUCAAGGAUCACAAGUCAGCGCACAUGUCGGUGUUCCGGGAGGCGAGCUUCGGGCACGGUCGGUUGAGAAUCGUCAACGAGACGAGCGCCGUUUGGACGUGGCACCGCAACGACGACGAAUGCGCCACCGUCCGCGACGAGGUCUGGCUGGAGAGCCUGGCUAGUCCAAAACUCUCCAAGCCAACUGCCGGUCGUCACGACGAGGAGUUGUAGGACGUUGCACAUCAAUAAGCACUUUAGAGCCUACCAAACUCGGCAAACCAGUCACCCUAUACGCCCGCAAACGCGUCAGCGCAUGUUCUUCGGACGGUCCCUCAUAUUUCGUUUCAUGCAUCCAUAUACUUCAUAUUCGGGGUUUUAAAUCCAUAUAAAAUCAUGCACGUAGAUCAUUCGAUAA